UUGGGACGAGUCGUAUGGAAAUAUGUUCUAACAAAAAACAUUACUAUUGUCCCACUUGUUGCUAACGAUAUAUAUCUUUAGAGGAUAUGAAAUUGUUGGAGUUGCAAAAAAAAUAUUACACGUUUUAGUCCUGACAGUGACUUUGGAAACUAUCUUAGUAUAAAUGAGACAUAGAGAGAGUCUUGAUAUGCAAGAAGCAAAGGCAAACAACAUGGGGAAGCUCUUGUGUUUCUUCUUAUGUUGUCUUGUUUUUUAUCUUUUGAUUGCAGUCUCCACCGUUGCGGCUCAGCCGCUCUCCACCGACUCCCGGUGGAUUGUGGAUGAGACGGGGCAGCGUGUUAAGCUGUCGUGCGUGAACUGGCCAUCGCAUCUUGAGGUCGUGGUGGCGGAGGGGCUGAGCAAGCAGCCGGUGGACAAGAUCUCAGAGGAGAUCAGGAGCUUGGGGUUCAACUGUGUGAGGCUAACAUGGCCUCUUUUCUUGUUUACUAAUGACACAUUGGCUGCUCUUACCGUGCGGCAGUCGUUGACGAACCUUGGAUUGUUCGAAGCCGUUGCAGGUUUUCAGACCAACAAUCCUGACAUCAUUGAUCUUUCUCUCAUGGAUGCUUACCAGGCAGUGGUGGGUAGUCUUGGGAAGAAAAAUGUGAUGGUGGUGCUUGAUAACCACACAAGUAAGCCUGGUUGGUGUUGCGGGGACGGUGAUGGGAAUGGGUUCUUCGGAGACGAGUAUUUUAACCCUGAUCUGUGGGUGAAGGGACUAACCAGGGUUGCCACCACUUUCAAAGAUACCAAGCAUGUCGUGGGGAUGAGCUUGAGGAAUGAACUCAGGGGCCGCAGACAAAAUGUCUAUGAUUGGUACAGGUACAUGCAAAAAGGAGCAGAAGCAGUACACUCAGCGAAUCCCAAUGUCCUGAUCAUUCUAUCCGGCCUGAAAUACGACAGAGAUCUCUCUUUCCUGCUCAACAAGCCAGUGACCUUAACCUUCUCAAAGAAGCUAGUAUACGAGCUACAUUGGUAUGGCUUCUCGAAUGGGCAGGCAUGGGCGACGGGCAACCCCAACCAGGUAUGCGGGCAGUUGGUGGCUGAGACCGCAACGAAGGCCGGGUUCUUGUUGGACCAAGGGUACCCCUUGUUUGUGAGUGAGUUUGGAGUGGACAUGAGGGGCGCUAAUGUCAAUGACAACAGGUACUUGAAUUGCUUCAUGGGAUGGGCAGCUGAGUUGGAUGUGGACUGGGCGUUGUGGGCUCUUACAGGGAGUUACUACAUAAGGGAAGGUGUGGUUGGACAUGAUGAAACAUAUGGAGUUUAUAACUGGAACUGGUGUGAUGUUAGAAACCAGACCACCCUGCACAAGAUUUCUGCCCUCCAGUAUCCUUUCAGAGGACCAGGUUAUUCAGAAAGACGACCACACAAGAUACUCUUCCAUCCCAUGACAGGCCUCUGUGUAAAGAGGAUGUCCUUCGUAGAACCCCUGGUUUUAGGUCCAUGCUCUGAGGCAGAAGCAUGGAGCUACACUCCCCAGCACACCUUAACAAUAAAGGGAACAUAUUUCUGUCUGCAAGCAGAUGCAUUAGGACACCCUGCAAAACUCGGUAUAAUCUGCACUGACUCCACUUCAAAAUGGGAAGCUGUCUCAGAUUCUAAGAUGCAUCUAUCCUCCAAACUUGAGGACGGUACCAAUGUGUGCUUGGAUGUAGACUCAGACAACAAUGUCGUCAUGAACAACUGCAAAUGCUUGGACAACAAGAACAACAAGUGCGACCCAGCUAGUCAAUGGUUCAAACUUAUCGACAGCACAAGAUGUGGAGCGGAUAAGAGUUUCUUCCUGGAGAUCAACUCAGUUCUAAAACUUGUUGCGAACAACUUCCUAAGUAGUUUUGGCUUAUAGAAUGAGUGACAAGUACACGUUCAAGAAGCAUUUAGAAUGAGAUGGAGCUGUUCGGCAUGUUCACUGAUUGUUUGAACUAAGAUUCUAAUCAAAAAAUUAACUGUUGAUCCAGAGUA